UAUAUGCCCCUCCCCUCUCUCUUGCUCCAUUUAGUCCGCACCCACACGACCCCCCUAAACCCUAACCGCUCUCUGCCAUCUUUCUCGUUCUCUCCCUCACACCUCUCUACUAUGCUCAAACUCUCCGUCACCUGUUUCUCUUGCUCAAACUCUCUUCCAAUCGAAUCUGCUCUUUGGUUCUUCAGAGGAGAAGUAGAAGAAGAAUCAGACAAUGGAAGAUUUGUCAAACAAGAAUUUUGCGGUCUACAACACAAAUCCAAUUUCAGCAGCACAUGGGGACAAUUUUGCUGCUAAAAGAGUCAGAAAGCUUGUUCAUCGGCGAGCUGUUGAUUAUACUAGCACUGUGGUUCGAUAUAUGCAGAUUCGCAUGUGGCAGCGCGAUGCAAGGGACAGGACUGUUUUGCAACCUACCCCAGCUGCAGCGAUAGAUAUGUUACCAACCAAUGCAUAUGCAGAUAAUCCCUCUACAAGCUUUGCUGCAAAAUUUGUCCAUGCAUCUACAAACAAAAAUCGGUGCUCAAUCAAUCGUGUCUUGUGGACACCUACAGGGCGGCGUCUUAUCACAGGCUCACAGAGUGGUGAAUUUACUCUUUGGAAUGGACAGUCUUUUAACUUUGAAAUGAUUCUUCAGGCUCAUGAUCAAGCAAUUAGAUCCAUGGUAUGGAGUCACAAUGAGAAUUGGAUGGUUACGGGAGAUGAUGGGGGCUCAAUAAAGUAUUGGCAAAAUAACAUGAACAAUGUGAAGGCAAACAAAUCUGCUCAUAAAGAAUCAGUUCGUGAUUUAAGUUUCUCUAGGACGGACUUGAAGUUCUGCUCUUGCUCUGAUGACACCACUGUUAAAGUCUGGGAUUUUGCACGGUGCCAGGAAGAGCGGUCAUUAUCUGGCCAUGGUUGGGAUGUCAAGAGUGUUGAUUGGCAUCCAACAAAGUCUUUACUGGUUUCAGGUGGGAAAGACAACCUUGUAAAACUCUGGGAUGCGAAAACAGGGAAAGAGCUUUGUUCAUUCCAUGGUCACAAAAAUACUGUGCUGUGUGUCAAGUGGAAUCAAAAUGGUAACUGGGUGCUAACUGCCUCUAAGGAUCAAAUCAUUAAGCUCUAUGACAUUAGAGCCAUGAAAGAGCUUGAAUCAUUCCGUGGACAUCGCAAGGAGGUGACUGCCUUGGCUUGGCACCCGUUCCAUGAGGAAUAUUUUGUGAGUGGGAGCUUUGAUGGAUCCAUCUUUCAUUGGCUUGUUGGGCAUGAAACUCCUCAGAUCGAAAUGGCUGGCGCACAUGAUAACAGCGUGUGGGACCUUGCUUGGCAUCCUAUUGGCUACAUUCUUUGCAGUGGUAGCAAUGAUCACACAACAAAGUUUUGGUGUAGAAACAGGCCAGGUGAUCCUUGCCGUGACAAAUACAACAUCGGCUACAAUCAAGGUUAUGGAGAGCAAAAUCCUGCAAUUGUUGGUCGUUCAGCUGGUGGUUUCCCAUUACCUGAAGCCCCAACAACUCCAGGGCCAUUUGCUGCUGGAUUGACACGAAAUGAAGGAACUAUUCCUGGUGUUGGAAUUGCAAUGCCGUUAUCGCUCUCAUCUUUUGACACAUCUGAUCAAGGAGAGCAAAGGCAGCAAAUUCCCGGUACUUUGCCUAUUGGGGCUCCCCCUCUCCCACCGGGACCACAUCCAUCUGUUCUGGCUGCUUCUGGACAGCAAGUGUAUCAACAGAUUCCUCAGCAAUUUCAACCACAACAGCAACAACCUGCACAUCCACAGCAAAUGGUCUCUUUACCACUGCCACCUCCAAAUAUGGUGCAACUGCAACCCCCAUCACAUUUGCCACUGCUUCCACAUCCUCAUUUAUCUCGCCCUCCACUACCCAUCGGCAUGCCCCCAUCCAUCCCAUCUUCAAUGCCAGGAUCUAUGCCUGUGCACUCAUCAAUGGCUGCGUCGAUGCCACCGCCGCAGGCUGGUCCAAUGGUAAUGCAAGGGACAGCAAAUCAGAUGAUUCCACCAUUGCCACAAUCGCACAUGAUGGGCAUGAAUCCUAUGCAUUCUGGACCUAUUUCUAGUAACAAUAUUCCACCUUCCAUUGGGAGUUUUGGAAAUGGAAUAGCAAAUAAUCAGGGUCCAUCAAGUGCAAGCGGAGCACAGACAUUUCCAUAUGGUGGAAUGUUUAAUCGGACACAAGGCGGACAGUUAGCACCAGUCCCAGGACUAAACGCCUACCAGUCUGGAGCACCGAACAUGAUUGAUGUGCGUGGGGCUGGUGUGGGAAUCGGAUCAAAUAUGGCUCUUCCACCACCACCGCCUCCACCACAUGGUUCAGCACCGCAAUAGCCAGCCCCUUUUAUGUACAACACUACUAAAUGUUGGAGGAUCAGGAAGGAGACGACAAGUUUGGAGGCUGUAAUGUCUGUUUCUGUUGGUCUGGUUUUGCUUGGAGCAUCGAAAAUGAGGACCAUCUUAUUCUCAAAGAAUUCAGGGGGGAAAAAAAAAAAACAGAGAGAGAGAGAGAGAGAGAGAGAGAGAGAGAGAGAGAGAGAGAGAGGAGUAUCUUCCUUUUUCUUUUUUCUCCUCUUUCUUUUUUCUUUUUUUAAUUUGGAACAUAUUUUAUCUGGGUUCUGUACUACCGUGAGUUGGGUAUCUGUUGACUUUUGUGUUGGCUUAUUGAGCUUUCUUUGCAGCAGAAGUAUUUUUC